AUGGAGCUGCUUAAGUUGUCCAAAUUCAAGCUCCAGCUUCAAGCCCUAAUCACGGAAGCUCGACAUCUCAGAGAGAGAGAGCGCUUGGCGACUGAACAAAUUCAAGUUUUAGUCCAGAAACAAAAGCAAACCGAGGAGGAAUAUUCUAGAAAGUUACAGGAAUUACAAGCGGAAUUAACUUCGUCUAAUGAAUCUCGUCAAAAACUUGAUAGACAGGUGAGUUUCCUUCAAAACGACAAUGCAUUGCUUGAAAACAAGCAAAAGGAGUUGAAGGAAACUAUUAAUAGACUACUUCAGUCUAGGGAAAGUUUCCUUAAUGCUUACGAGGAAUCUACUUGUGAUAUGAAACGUUCAAUUGAAACCAGAGACAGAAAGCUCAGUGUCCUAUAUGAGAAGAUAAACUCUCACUUGACAUUAUUUGAUUCAAUAGAAAAGGAGGCAUUCUCCAUUAAGCAACUCGUGGAUAAUGCGGAACGCCUUGUGAGUGAAAAAGAGGAAGUAGUUGCUAGCUUGAAGAGCAAAAUGGAAAAGGUCUCUUCGUUUGAAAAAGUUUUUGUUGAAAAGAUUUCUCUCCUGGAAAGUAAACUUAAAAAUGACGAGGAUGAGUUCAGAAGAAAGGAUAAACUUAUUUCAGAACUAGAAGCUGAGCUGGAAGCAGCAAAAGUUAGUAAUGACUGCCAAAGUCAAAUUGAAGAGCUUCAGAAAACUGUAUCAGCAAAGGAUAUUGUCAUACAGAAUCUGAUCUUUGAGAAAGAGGCAUUGCAUUUGGAGGUGGGGAGUUUGGGAAUUCUUUUGCAGAGAAUUCAUGAUGCUGUUGCUAACAUGAAUCAAGAGGAUAAGAAGGUAUUCCAUAAAAUGUUAGUGGUUAAAGAAGAAUGUGACAUGGGUACUCCUAAUGAAGAUAACAGAAUUGUCAAUGUGGAACAAAAUAGUGGAGAAAGAUCACCAACUAAGGUUUCCAUUAUAGCUGCUCCGGAUAAUAGAGGUUCAGCUUCACCAGUAUGUCAAGAGUACAAAUCAUGCAACAUCCAGUUGAGGGAGAACAAUAACUUGAAUUUCUGUGUGUCUGAGUUGGCUUGUUCUCCCCCAGAGUCAGUCUCCUCAGAACCUGAAUCUGCAUCAAAUGUUUUGAGCAUUUCUAUACACGAUGGGAAGGACAACUGCACUGUUCCAGGGCACCACUUAGAUUCUGAGUGCUCAAAGACCCAAGCAGAAGCCUCAAAAGAUGCAGGUUAAAAUUCUAGGUUGGGAGCAUGAUUGUGUAUAGAUACUACUACCAUUUGCACUAUUAUGCCUGA